AUGUCGGACCAUUCCAAGAGCCUCUACAGUACCUGGGUGGCAUUGUUCCUGUCCAUAGGCUCCAUUGCGUGCGCCUAUUACACAGUCAUCCCAGCCACUACCUCUGCCCAACCCUCCUUUGUUACCUACAUGGGCCUCGACACCGCCUCUAAUGCAACGCAGCUCGUCGGUGCUGUCAGCGGUGUUUACAUCGCCGGCUGUUUGAUAGGGUCCGUUUUGUCCUCCCAGGCGACCGACUCGCUUGGUCGGAGAAAGUCGCUCUCCCUGGCCUCGGCGCUGGCCGUGCUUGGUGGUGCACUGCAAGCUGGUGCUUCCAACAUUGGCAUGUUCAUUGCCGCCCGUCUCAUUGCAGGCUUUGGAAUUGGGGCACUGUUUGCGUUGGUGCCUCUCUUUCAGAGCGAGAUCGCGCCACCCAAAUCCCGGGGCCUGAUCGUCGGUACUCAUGGUAUCAUGAUCUCUCUGGGCACUAUCUUACCCUCCUGGAUCGGCUACGGGUUCUACUUUGUCAAUGCAAAUGGGACCCAAUGGCGUUUACCACUAGCGAUCCAAUGCAUUUUCCCACUGGCCCUAGCUCUGGGCGUCUGGUUCAUGCCCGAGUCUCCUAGGUGGUUGAUUACCAAGGACCGCCAUGACGAUGCCUUGAAGUCUCUGAUAAGGCUGCACCGCAGCAAACACGACUGUGACAAUACGUUUGCUCACAAGGAAUAUCUCCAAAUCAGAGCACAGCAUGACGAGGACGAGAAGGAAAGAGUCAGCUGGAUACAGAUGAUCACUGUCCCUACAUAUCGUCGACGAGUGGGAGUCGCAGUCUUCGUCAUGAUAGGAAGCCAGAUGACGGCCACCUUGCUCGUCUCCGUCUAUAAUCCGGUUCUCUAUGGCAGCUUAGGGUAUGGCGUUCCGAAGCAACUGAUGUUUACGGGAAUUUGGGCCAACUUCACCAUCAUCGGCAACACCAUCUGUGCGUUUACAGUGGAUCGGAUGGGACGAGUUCUGGCCUUGAAGAUCGGUUGGGUAGGUGAUGCUUGCGCCAUGAUUGGGAUGGUGGUGUCUCUCGCCAUGUUUGAAAAGAGCGGAUCCCACUCCGCCGCCAUCGCCGCCAUCUUCUUUUUGUAUCUUCACAUCAUCAUGUACGCCACGUUUGUCGAUGCCACCACCUACAUCUACACCACGGAGAUCUUCCCCAAUAACAUGCGCGGAAAGGGAAUGUCCAUCGCCAUCGGAUCAUACUUUCUGAUCCUGGUGGUCCAGUUGGAUACCGCCCCCACGGCCUUUGCCAACAUCGGCUGGAGAAUCAUCCUUAUCUACCUCUGCUGCCUCCUGGCAUUCAUCCCGUUCAUUUGGCUUGUCUGCCCCGAGACCAAGGGCCAAUCUCUCGAGGAAGUGGGCCUGAUCUUUGGUGACAGACACGUUCGUGUGGCGCUGGAUGGGCCCGAGUUGAGCCCCGAGCAGGCACUUGAGAUCAGCGAAAAGCUGGUGCUUCCCAAUGUUAAUCGAGCCGAGUGUGAACACGUCGAAGGCUGA